AUGAAAGAACAAAAAUGGAUUCAUGAAGGUUUGAUUACUGAAUCACUUCCUAAUGUUAUGUUCUGGGUUCGUUUAGAUAAUGAAGAUCUGAUUCUAGGUUAUGUUUCGGGAAGGAUACGACGUAGUUCUAUACGAAUCCUACCGGGAGAUAGAGUUAAGAUUGAAGUAAGCCGUUAUGAUUCAACCAGAGGUCGUAUAAUUUAUAGACUCCGCAACAAAGAUUCAAACGAUUAAGCCGUUUUUCAACAUUCCUUAUUCCUUUCUACAAAAAUAGAAUUCAAGGUUCAAAAUAUCACGAAACUUAUUUUCUUCCAAAAAAUAGAUUCAAAAUUAAAACUAAAGAAUAACAAAUAUGAAAAUAAGGGCUUCUGUUCGUCAAAUUUGUGAAAAAUGUCGACUGAUUCGCCGACGGGGACGAAUUAUAGUAAUUUGUUCUAACCCAAAACAUAAACAACGACAAGGAUAAUCAUUCUACUAAACUAUAUACUAAUGAUCUUUCUAAAAUACUAAAAUAAUUGCUAAAAUAUUUUAUUGCUGAAAAAAAAUGACGGAUUUGUUUUGACAUGAAAUG